CAAAAAUAAGCCCCCAAGAUACCCUUCCGAGUUACCUAUUCAAGCGCGUGUAUUACACUCUCAGUCUAUCUUGCAAACGAACGGCUGAAAAGCCUCACGUGAUUUUCACGCUUCAUAACGCCCGUGUUCUAAAGCACAGAAAUUUCAGAAACAAAAAACACUGAUAAUUUUUCAUACACUCACGCCCUAGUUUCUCUGCAACACUGAAGAAAAACCUCAGAAAACAGCACUGAGAAAACGAAGAAGAAAGCUUCAGAAACCCCCCAAAGCCCAGAAACCCUAUCUCCACAUAAAAAAAGGGGAAGCGUUUCUUUUCAAUCAAACCGAAACCCCAUUGGAAGCCGUUAUUCGAUUCAAUUUCUAGGGUUUUUGUUUUCCUUAAAAUUCCUUUGCAUUCCAAGCUGAUUUCCCAGUUUGGUGGGUGCGAUUGUUAUUUAAUCUAAAUAGUAUCACAUGUUGGCACCCGAUUGGAAGGAAAACACCGAGAGAAAAAGAAGUCUGCGCCUCUUAUUUUUUGGGGUUUCAAUGUGUAUGUGAUUGUUUAGUUUUGUUUUGGGUUUAUUGUGAUGCGAAAUGCGAUUGUCUUCUAAAUCUGGUUCUUCAUCUAAGCAUAAGAAUGUUGGUAAAUCUAGUCCGUGGCUUCGGAAGAAGCACAAGAGGUUAGACGCGAUAUGUGAGAAGGAGUACAAUCGGAACCAUGGUGAUUCCAAUGGGUGUGAUGAUAAUUUGAUUACUGAUGCUGCGGAUUCAGCGGUUCGCCGAAGCUCCCGUGUUCGGCGUGCCCCGGUUCUGCUGGAUGCCUCUCCUGCUCCUCCCAAGAAACGGCGGAAGUUAGGGAAGGUUGGAGUGCCUGCAGGGCGCAUAGAGAGUGGCAAGAAGAAUUUGGAGCAGCAGAGUCCCGGCAGCAGCAUUGAGGGGAGUCCUUCGGCUUGGAGAUCGAGGUUGAGGUCUAGGGCUAGGGGUGCAGGUUUUGAGGUCAAUGAUGAGAAGGAAUUGCCCCGUCGGAAGAGGAAGCUUUUUGAGGAUGUGGUUGUAAGUAGGGGUGAUGAUGAAUUGAAGGUUGAUAAGAAGAAGGAAUUGGAAGGUGGAGUGCCAAGGAUUGUUAAGUCAAAGAGACCAGCGAGGAUCAAAGCUACAAAGCAUGAAGAAGAGCUUAAAGUGAAUGAGUCUCAUGAAGUAGGGCCUAAGGAGAACGAAUCUCAUGAAGAGGGGCUGAGAGAGAAUGAAUCUCACACGGAAACGCUUAGAGAGAAUGAAUCUAAUGAGGAAGAGCUUCAAGAGAAUGAAUCUUUUGUAGCAAAGCAGACAGAGAAGGAGUCUUAUGAAGGGCAUAGAGAGAAUGAGUGUCAUGGUAAUUUAGAUGAGAGCAACAGUCAAGAAGUGGAGCUUACAGUGAACAAAGAGGAGGGUAAUGAUACGGUUCCAGUAACUGAUGUGUCUGGCGGGAGCCUUGUAAUUAUAUUGGAUGUGAAUGAACCUCCUAUUAUACGGAAUGGGGAGAGAAACAUGUCAAACAAUUUGCAAACGGAGGAAUGUAGUGGCGGUAGUGAACAGUCUCCUUUGGAACAUGCAGAUAAACCGGAUGAUCGAUCGGAACAUGCAAAUAAACAGGACGAUCAGUUAGCAUGUGAGAAGGAAGGCAAUAAUGCAAGUGAAGGAGCUGAAAUUGCUGGGAUUUCAACAAAGCAAGUAGAAAAUGAAGGAUCAGCUGACAAGGAGGUUGAGAUUGAUGAAAACACUUUGAAAGAUGCAAACUAUGUGACAAAGGAUAAGCUGAAACAAGCUUCAAAUGGCUCCCAACGGAUCAAAGAGGGUCGACGGUGUGGAUUGUGCGGGGGAGGCACUGAUGGUAAGCCUCCUAAAAGGUUGCUUCAGGACAAUGGUGAGAGUGAGAAUGAAGCAUAUAGCGGUUCUUCGGCUUCAGAAGAGCCUAACUUUGAUAUCUGGGAUGGUUUCAGUGAUGAACCUGGCUGGCUUGGUCAUCUCUUGGGUCCUAUUAAUGAUAACUUCGGCAUUGCUCGAAUAUGGGUUCAUCAGCAAUGUGCUGUAUGGAGUCCAGAGGUUUAUUUUGCUGGGUUGGGAUGCUUGAAGAAUGUCAGGGCUGCACUUUACAGAGGAAGAGCAUUGAAGUGCACACGUUGUGGGAGGCGAGGGGCAACCUCAGGUUGUCGUGUUGAUCGUUGUCCAAAAACUUAUCACUUGCCUUGUGCAAGAGCAAGUGGUUGCAUCUUUGAUCACCGUAAAUUUCUUAUUGCCUGCACAGAUCAUCGGCAUCUUUUCCAACCACAUGGUAGUAAAUAUUUAGCCCGGAUAAAGAAGUUGAAAGCUAGGAAACUGAAGUGGGAUAUGAGGAAGCAUUCAAAUGAUGCUUGGAGAAAGGAUAUUGCUGCAGAAGAGAGAUGGCUUGAAAAUUGUGGAGAGGAUGAGGAGUUUUUGAAACGUGAGAACAAGAGACUUCAUCGUGAUUUAUUGAGAAUAGCACCAGUGUACAUUGGUGGUUCAGACUCUGCAUGUGAACCAUCCUUUCAGGGAUGGGAAUCUGUUGCUGGACUUAAAGAUGUCAUCCGGUGUAUGAAGGAAGUUGUUAUUUUGCCUCUACUAUAUCCUGAGCUCUUUGAUAAUUUAGGGCUUACACCUCCCAGAGGUGUUCUUUUGCAUGGGUAUCCUGGAACAGGGAAAACCUUAGUGGUCCGGGCAUUGAUAGGUGCAUGUGCCCGUGGCGAUAGACGGAUUGCAUAUUUUGCCCGCAAAGGUGCAGAUUGCUUGGGGAAAUACGUGGGCGAUGCUGAGCGCCAACUAAGACUAUUAUUUCAGGUUGCUGAGAGAUGUCAACCUUCUAUAAUAUUCUUUGAUGAGAUAGAUGGAUUAGCACCUACCCGUACUAGGCAGCAAGAUCAGACACAUAGUUCUGUUGUAUCAACUUUGCUUGCUCUUAUGGAUGGUUUAAAAUCCAGGGGUUCAGUUGUAGUCAUAGGUGCAACAAACCGUCCUGAUGCUGUUGACCCAGCACUGAGGCGACCUGGAAGAUUUGAUCGGGAAAUUUAUUUCCCACUGCCAUCAACUGAGGACCGAGCUUCCAUUCUGUCACUUCACACUCAGAGGUGGCCUAAACCAAUUACUGGGUCCUUGCUUGAGUGGAUUGCAAAAAAGACUCCUGGCUAUGCUGGUGCAGAUCUUCAGGCUCUCUGUACUCAAGCGGCUAUCAAUGCCUUGAAGAGGAAUUUCCCGUUGCAAGAAGUUUUGUCCUUAGCUGAAGAAAAGCAUUCUGGUUGGAAGAACCUUAGUCUACCAUCCUUUGCAGUGGAGGAGAGGGAUUGGUUAGAGGCAUUUUUGCAUUCCCCACUACCAUGCUCCCGGAGAGAAGCAGGAAAUGCCACUAAUGAUGUUGUAUGCUCCCCUCUUCCUAUCCACCUCAUACCUUGUUUAUUGGGGCCAUUGUGCACACUUCUUGUAUCUCUUGAUGAAAAUCUAUGGUUGCCACCUCCUUUAUCUAAAGCUGUAACAGUGAUUAAGAAUGAAGUGGUUUCUGUUCUAGACAAAAGGAAAAUGCCUAUUGAUCACUGGUGGUUGCACAUUGAUGACUUACUGCAAGAAACAAAUAUUGCUUCUGAGAUAAAGAGCAAGCUCAUGUGUUUGGGCAUUUUAUCUGCAAAUGAUGGCUUUGGUGGUUCUCCUGAUACUGCAGAUGACACAGAUGAUAGCACUAUGAAGUCUGAUCCCUCCAUAAAGAAUCAUUUGGGCAUGCGUAGUGGUUUGUUUCUAGACAAGUCAUUUGCAUUUACUAAUAAAUCAGGAUUUCGAAUAUUGAUUUCUGGAAAUCCCCGAUCUGGCCAGAGACAUCUUGCUUCCUGCUUUCUUUACUGCUUUGUGGGGAGUACUGAAAUAAAGAAGAUUGAUAUGGCAACCGCUUCACAAGAAGGGCAUGGAGAUGUAGUGCAAGGCAUUGCACAAAUAUUAUUGAAAUGUGCUAGUCUUCAAUCUUGCAUAUUAUUCAUGCCAAGAAUUGAUUUGUGGGCUGUAAACAAACAUGUCCAAAUCUAUGAUAAGGAAAGUGAGUUUAAUACAGAGAAAAGCUCUGCAGAGAUUACUGAAGGCAAGGCCAACAAGAAGGCUUCACAUGCCUGGAUGUCAUUUAUUGAGCAGGUGGAGUCCAUUGGUGUAUCGACGUCCUUGAUGAUUCUGGCUACUUCAGAAGUUUCGUAUACAGAACUUCCAAGUAAGAUAAGGGAAUUCUUCAAGAGUUAUCAAUCUAAAGACAGCCAAUCAACUCCUUUGCAGCAAACAAUCCCUCGACUCUCACUGCAUCUUGAUAGUAAUUUUGAUAAUGAGACGUUGAUCACUCUGUCUGUAGAAGAGCUACUGAGAAAUUUAGUUGAGCAGCAGAUUCAAUUGAUUCAUCAGAGCUCUCAUGUUCAUCUGGGUGUCCGAAAGGUUUCUGUUGAAGCUUGUGAAGAGAAGGUAUGGCAGAGUAAAGAUAAUGGAUCAGUUGAUGAAGAGAAGAGUGAAACCCAAGUUCCUAAAUCCACAUCAGCGCCUCCACCACCACCACCACCCCCCGAUGGUAGGUCUCUGAAGGAAAAGUCAACCUUGUCACUAGCAAUAUCCACAUUUGGUUAUCAAAUUCUUCUAUUCCCACAUUUUGCUGAACUUUGUUGGGUCACAUCAAAACUCAAAGAAGGUCCUUGUGCUGAUGUAAGUGGACCAUGGAGGGGGGGCUGGCCUUUUAAUUCCUGUGUAAUUCGUCCCAAUAAUUCACUAGACAAGUCAAUGGUUCCUGGUAGCUCUGGUGGUGUUAAAAGCAAAGAAAGAUCUGGUUUAGUUAGAGGCUUGAUUGCCGUUGGUUUAUUGGCUUACAGGGGUGUUUAUAAAUCAGCCAAGGAAGUUUCUCUUGAUGUGAGGAAAGUUCUUGAGAUCCUAAUUGAGAAUAUCAAUGCAAAAAUUCAAGCUGGGAAAGACAGAUAUCAAUAUCUUCGCAUUUUAUCGCAAGUGGCUUAUUUGGAAGAUAUAGUAAACAAUUGGGCUUAUGCGUUGCACAGUAUGGAUAAGGAUUCCUUGGAGCCUAUAUCAAAAGUCAUGUCGUCAACUGAUGGGUUAAACAGUCAUCUCUCGUGUGUAGAUCACCAAGCUGAAACUAAGGAUGUUCAUAUGAACGGUGAUGAUUCGGAGAACCCAGGGAGAAGUUGUAAGGAAAUUCAUGCUGAAACAACUGGAUUUCCUGCCAUGAAUAAGAAAAAUGAUAAUACAGAUAAACUUGAUCACGAUGGUAGACAUACAAAUACAAGCUCUAAAGAAUGUCUACCAAACGAUUCUUUAAACAAUCACUCUGAUGACUCUGCUGCUGCAAACCAACCUGUUGAUCCAUCCCCAAAUCAGGAGAAUGGAUUGCUAUCCCGUGAGGUUGCCAAUGGAGAUGUCAGGAUGUCAGAAGAAUUAGGUAAAUCCACAUCCACUCAUUCUGCUGUCCUUUCAGAGAAUGGACUUCACACUGCCUUAGAACAAGAAGGUCUUAAUGGAGGUACUGUAAGUACCAUCUCUAAUCAGCCCCCGACCUUGUCCACAGAAGGGACUGGUGUAACUGAUGUUUACUCUCGCAAACAUGAGAAUGCUACAGGUAUUGAUAUCUCUUCAAGUAAAGGCCAUGAGCAUGCUGAACCUGCGGUCGUUUGCAUGUAUCAAUGUUGCCCUAGAUGUCUUCACAGCUUAUAUCUUGCAAUACGCAAGCUUCUCACCAGUGAGUUGAGCGAUAACCAUAGAACAGUAGAAGAUGUCCAUGAUGCUGUUUCAUCAUUAUCCGUGGAUCUUAUUUCAGCAAUUAGAAAAUGUCACAUUGAAGAUCUUGAUUUUUCUAACAAAACCUUCAAAAGAGAAAGGCAUGGAAUAACUUUGAACUUGAGAACAUGUGACCCCAAAAACCAAGACAAGGACUUUGUGGCAGCUGAGUGUGUUACUCACUCAACAAGCCAGGAGGCAACUGCAACCAAAGAUGAGGUAGUGAAUGAAUCACUGAAGCUUGAUUUAAAAUUUAUAUUCAGAGAUGGUGUGCUGGUUCCUAUGAACCCAGACAAAGAUGUUUCUCUUCAUUGUAAAUUUGAAACUCUGUGCCUUUGUUCUCUUAGAGAGUUGAUAGUAAUGACCAAGAGCCCUUUUGAUUAAGCUAUUGUAUGAUAGCUUGGAUUUCUUAGCAAUAUUUUGGCACUGAUGCGGAAAUUUUGUAUGGAUUUUCCCCUUUUUCUGAGAUUGAAAAUACAAUUUUGACCAUGGAGUCCCCAUGCAGAACUGCAGAAGCUGGCUAACCAUUUGAUUU